GGCCUUUUGGUCUCAACCGGGAAGCAUAUGUACUGUACAGAUUAUACCAAAUAUGAUGAAAACGACAAGUUGCUCACAUGGCCACAAUAGGCACAUUAUUCAUGGCCCCCACGUCAACAGUAACAAUAACAUGACCCCUUUUUGAAUCCCCCAUAUUCAUUCCAAUAUGGCUUGUCUUUUAGGGUUUGGAGUUGGAGGCUUGCGGUCAAAUAAGAAGGCACCGACUGUUUUAAUUUUUUUGUACUAAGAGCGAGCCUGUUUUUGUUUUUCUUUAGAGCUAGCCUCAGCAAUCUGGUCUGAGGUUAUUAUUAACAGAAUUCAAGGUAGGUCAGCCAUAAUUAAGUCCAUGGAGUUGAUGCAACAAGUUAAAGGUAAUUAUUCUGAUAGCAGGGAGGAAGAGGAGGAAGAGGAAGCUGCAGCCAUCACAAGGGAAUCAGAAAGCAGCAGGUUACACCAACAAGAUACAGCAUCCAAUUUUGGAAAGAAGCUAGACUUGAUGGACUUGUCACUAGGGAGCAGCAAGGAAGAGGAAGAGGAAGGGAAUUUGCAACAAGGAGGAGGAGGAGUGGUUCAUCAUGCUCACCAAGUAGUGGAGAAAGAACACAUGUUUGAGAAAGUGGCGACACCGAGCGACGUAGGGAAGCUGAACAGGCUGGUGAUACCGAAGCAGCACGCGGAGAAGUACUUCCCCCUUGACUCCUCAACCAACGAGAAGGGUCUGCUCCUGAAUUUCGAGGACAGGAAUGGGAAGGUGUGGCGAUUCAGGUAUUCCUAUUGGAACAGCAGCCAGAGCUAUGUGAUGACAAAAGGGUGGAGCCGCUUUGUUAAGGAGAAGAAGCUGGAUGCCGGUGACAUUGUCUCCUUCCAGCGUGGCCUUGGGGAUUUGUAUAGACAUCGGUUGUAUAUAGAUUGGAAGAGAAGGCCCGAUCAUGCUCAUGCUCAUCCACCUCAUCAUCACGAUCCUUUGUUUCUUCCCUCUAUCAGAUUGUACUCUCUCCCUCCCACCAUGCCACCUCGCUACCACCACGAUCAUCACUUUCACCACCAUCUCAAUUACAACAACCUCUUCACUUUUCAGCAACACCAGUACCAGCAGCUUGGUGCUGCCACUACCACUCAUCACAACAACUAUGGUUACCAGAAUUCGGGAUCUGGUUCACUCUAUUACCUAAGGUCCUCUAUGUCAAUGGGUGGUGGUGAUCAAAACUUGCAAGGGAGAGGGAGCAACAUUGUCCCCAUGAUCAUUGAUUCUGUGCCGGUUAACGUUGCUCAUCACAACAACAAUCGCCAUGGGAAUGGGGGCAUCACGAGUGGUGGUACUAAUUGUAGUGGAAAACGACUAAGGCUAUUUGGGGUGAACAUGGAAUGCGCUUCUUCGGCAGAAGAUUCCAAAGAAUUGUCCUCGGGUUCGGCAGCACACGUGACGACAGCUGCUUCUUCUUCUUCUCUUCAUCAUCAGCGCUUGAGGGUGCCAGUGCCAGUGCCACUUGAAGAUCCACUUUCGUCGUCAGCAGCAGCAGCAGCAAGGUUUGGGGAUCACAAAGGGGCCAGUACUGGGACUUCGCUGCUGUUUGAUUUGGAUCCCUCUUUGCAGUAUCAUCGCCACUGAUCCAUCAAAUAAAAUAUUCAACGCCACCAAUAAUGAAUGGAGAAUUGAAGAUUUAGUUUCAAAGUUAGUUGGGCUAGCUACCCUCUCCUUUGCAGCAUUUUUACUUACUCUUUCUCUCAACAACUGGCCGUCUGGCUACAAGGGAAUCAGCUCCCAAACUUUGUUUUUCUUCUUCUCCUCCUCCUUCUUCUUUUUAUCAGUAAUUAGUACGUAUAAGUAAUUAGCAUUUGAACUUCUUGGUACCUUUUGAACUGCACGAAGCGUUAAUUAAUUAGCUGGGGAUUCGAGUGUUGAAGGAAAUGAAAAAUCGUUUCAUGACCAAGAGACAGAAUGCUAUCUCCCUUAGACCUUUCAAUUGUGUAUAAUACAAUACAUAUAUAUUAUAUUUAUAAUUUAUCAUAAA